CAUUCAACUCCCAACUCCCAACUCCCAACUCCCAACUUCAUCGUCUUCAAAUCCACAAAUCGAAAACAGCAGUUCCGAGUUCAACUUGAUCGUUUAACUCACUCCCAUCUUCUAAUCAUGCCUGGUGGUGCUGAUCAGGUAGAAUCAUUAACAACAACACCAAAUUCCAGCUCUUCGAGAGGCCUUGUUAAACCAAUCAUCAUCACGCCUGAUCUCUCUCGCUUCCAGCUACUCCCACUCACCUCACAUUAAUAACUGCACAUCUCACCUAAAAAUCAGACCCAGACCUCAGUCUCAGUUCAUCAUCAUCAUCAUCACACACACAUCUUGAAAUAUUUUCGCCUUCAGUCGCGUCCUCCAUUAUCAUCAUCAUCUCUUCUUCGGAUUAACAUUCAAGCCCCUAAUGAUGUUCGAUUAUGGGCACUUCUUCUUAACCACCUUCAUCCGUCCUCUACUUUCGCAUUCUUCAACCACACAGAUUGGGCAGACGGUCCGACUCUUGCCGAGCACCCUCGUCAACCCGACCCUCCUGCUUCCUCCCGUCGUCGAUCGCCCAGUCCGGUCAAUAAUCUCCCGCCUUCGAACAAUAGUAAUGCGCGAAGAGAUCGUAGUCGUAGUCCGAUGAAAAUCGACUCGGAUAAACCGCUCGGUCGUGGUCGCCCCUCCAAUGGCGAUCAUAACCCUGGGAACAACCUCCACGUAUCUGGGAUUAGUACUAGAGCUGAAGACGCAGACUUGUAUGAAUUAUUCUCCAAAUAUGGUCGAGUACAAAAAGCGCAAUUGAUGAGAGACCCAAACACUAAGGAAGUCAGAGGAUUUGGAUUUGUGACGAUGGAGACUUGCGAAGAAGCGGAUGCAGCGAUGACCGCACUUAAUGGUGCUGAUUUAUUUGGAAAACCAUUAGGAGUAGAAAAAGCCCGUCGAGGUCGGGCGCGCACGCCUACUCCUGGACAAUACUUUGGGCCUGCGAAAAGAGACGAGCGUCGAUAUGAUCCGCGAGGAGGAGGAGGAGGUUACGGCGGCGGAGGCGGCGGCGGAGGAGGAUACCGAGCCGAGGACCGUUAUGGGGGAUACCCCGAACGACGUGAACGUCGUUAUGAUGAUCGCGGCCCCCCGCCUGGCCGGGAUGAUCGAUACGGCUAUGCCGCUCCCAUGAGGGCCGAACGCGAUCGGUACGACGAUCGUCGUGAUUAUGAUCGUCCUCGAAGAGACGAUCGUGACUAUGAUCGUCGCUAUUAAAUUCCCUUCCUUCCUUUUUUGUCUCUCUUCCCCUAAUCCCUCCCUCCCCUAUUCCGGUUCCUGUUCGUAGAUAUAAAUAUAUAUUUUUAGUCUUACGUCGGUCAGUUCUUAAUAUAUAUAUAUGUAUGUAUUUAUUCAUACAUAUAUAUAUAUAUAUAUAUAUAUAUAUAUAUAUCUUCAAGUCUCUCUAGCCCCCUCAGUAAGCGAAAAAAUAUAUAUAAGAAUCCAACACAAAACAAAACAGAAGAUGGUUUAGAUGUGGUGGUUCUCUAUGGAUUUUGGGUCCGCUCUUUGAUGUUCUCUAACCUGUUUUCACCUGUCCCUUCCUCUCUUUCUCUUCCUCUCUGUCUCUCUCUCUCUCUUUGUCUCUCGGUUUGCUGACUAAUGCAAUAUAGAAAUAUAAAGAUAUAUAUAUUUGUUCAUUUGAUUUUUUUUUUCUUCUUGAAGUUUACAUUUUGUGAGC